AUGAAAAACAAGAAGACCAUUUUAGAUGAAAGAGAACAUCUGUGGCUUUUAAUCAAUUCUAAACCCAACAAAACAUUUUAACUGAAAGGAACCUAUGAUUAUGCUGCUGCAAUAUCCCCAAAUAAUCAAUAUAUCGCUAUUCAGAUUCAAAAUGAAGAUGAGGAAAGGGAAUUAUUGAUCUACAACACUGUCAUGAAGAGAAACAUCAAAAUCCAAAAGAGCAAUUAUAUAUAACUGAUUUUUUCUCCUAAUUCAAUGAUCCUGGUUGGAUCUAUCUGUAAUAAAUGGAUAUAAGUUAUGAAGUUGAAGUCAACCGCUAAAAAGUUUAAAGUAGAUAAGCAAUCUUAGUUAAUCAACCCAAAACAUUUUCCGUCUAAUUACAAUAUGGAAUUUAAGACAGAUAAAAAUUACCUAUUUGUAUUCUCAGUAGAAAAUGGGUAAUUUGCAAUAUGGAAUUUGGAGAGUGAUGAUUUAAUAGCAGUUGUUAAUUACUAUAUAAAAUAACCUAUGAUGGUGAUGAAAUUGUCUCAAGAAGAUUCCAAUAUUUUAGGCAUCAUUAAAAAGAUGAGAAUUCAAUAUAGAACUACUUCAAAGGAUUUUAAAAAACUAAUUUUCAAUAAUAAUCUCUUAUCAGUUGAAUAUUUAUAAGAAGAAGGAGGAAUGAUGAUAAAAUGUAGGAAUAAAAUUUUAAGAUCGCAUUUUGAUUCUAAAUUUGGGGAUGAGAUAAAGAGUCUUUCAAUUUCAACUCUAGGCACAAGAAUUAUAUAUGUAUCAGGCCUAGUGAUGUAUUUGUAUAGCGUUGCAACAGGAAAUAUACUUUUGAAAAAGAAAAUUUAUAAUGUUGAAAAAUUGAUAUUAAAUGAUCAUUCAUUGAUAAUGAUUGAAGGGGAGUUAAUUAAGUAUUGGGAUACAGAAUAAACUUGA